AAAUAAUUAACCAGUAUACGAAAAUAUCAAAUGUUGGAGAAACGUGAAAACACCCUAUUAUUCUGUGCAAUAUGAGAAAAGAAAACUAUCCGAACAGAUAUUAGAACAGAUUUGAUAUCAAACAACGUGCAUAAUCUUUUUAAGUAGAAAAUCAUAUAUCACAUCAGUGACAAAUUUAAAGUCAUAAUAACAUUUCAAUAGAUAACUUUUAUUUAUACAGAAUGCCCAAGGUAGUUCGUUUAAAGAAAUAUCGAUAUCGAAAUUUGAAUGACAAACAUUAAGUUAAAGUUUUUGAAUAUAACCGUAUCGGUUAGGAAUGAUAAUAACUUCUGUCAUGCAUAAAGAUAUUUAAAAGAAUUCAGUCGAAUUUCUUACUGUAUGGAGCAGAAAUCAUAAUUGGAUAGUUACAUUUAGAUAUGAAAAUGAAUCAGAUAAGACGCAUGUUCCUUGUAUCAAUCAUGAUAACAAUAGCAAAUGGGAACAAAUCAAUGUCUUGUACGUACAUGAGGAAUAGAAAACACAAGCUGAUUGCUCAUUGUGAAAAUCAAGGAUUUGCUUCUGUGCCAAGGAAUCUUAGUCGAGAUAUCAAUGAGUUAAUUCUUUCAAAUAACUUGAUACGCAAGCUCCAAAACGGUUCCUUCGCCCAUUAUGCGAAAAUGGAAAUCUUGAUUUUGAGCAAGAAUCUUAUAUCUGAAAUCCAAGAGGAUGCUUUUGCUGGACUACAUUUGCUGAAAGUUUUGAAGGUAAAUGAUAAUUUGAUAAACAUCACAAUCCUUCCAAAGGAAGUUUUCAGACAUCUUAUUUAUCUAAUUGAACUGGAUAUAAGUCGAAAUAAAAAGCCAUUGAACGAAAACACUACGUUUGUCUAUCCUGAUGGUGCAUUUUCUUCAUUACGUUCCUUGCAAAAUCUUUCAAUUGAUUUAUUCAUGUUCCCUGAAUUUGGAGCAGGAUUUAGUUCCCUUCAAAACCUUACUGUAUUGAAAUUUUCACGAUGUCAUUUGAGAAAUAGUAGUCGAUUUCGGCUAUUGAAUUCAACGUUUGAAAAUUUCUCGGCAAACCUGAAAGAACUCUAUAUCAGCGGCUGUCGCAAUUUUUUUCUACUCGAAGAUGGAUUGUUGGAAUACUUUCCUCACUUAAAAAUUUUAGAUCUGUCCGAAUCAUACGUUCACUUAUAUCAAGCAUUGCGUAUUCUUCAUCCGUUUCAGUAUAAAAACAUGUCUGUUAUAAAUUUCCACCACAUAAGUGAUAAUUCAAUCAAUGAAGAUGAUUACCCGUACUCUGUUGUAAUAACAGUAGAAUUAAUGAAAUAUUUAAAAACUAUCUGCAUUGAAGCAUUGGACCUGUCGAGAACAGGAAUAGUAGAUUACCAGGAUAAUUCUUUGUUCUCGUUCGAACAUCCAGAAUGUUUCAAAACUUUCAUCAUAUCGGCUAACAGACUACCAGCAACAACUGCACAUCGUUCCAGUCAAAUUUAUAUUUUUUUCAUGAAGGCGAUUAAUAUGAAGAUUUACGAUUGUUCAUACCUGACUAUAGAUUAUGCGCAUCCUGUCUAUUUAAACGUAUACAACACGACAGCUUUUAAUAAUUUUCCAGAAAGUACUAAAUAUUUUCAAAUGCCUCCGCUUAUUAAUCAUUCGCUUCCAUCUUCAAUAGAAUUUCUUAGAUUUACACAUAUACAAAUCGCCCCUUCUUCGGCAUCUAUAACUUGCAAAAACACAUCGCUUAAAUAUCUAGAUGUAUCAUAUGGUGUUUACAUACAUUAUCCAAAAUUUACAGAAGACUGUGUAAAGCAGCUGGAAUAUUUGGACAUUUCUGGUAUUCCAGUAGCAAUCAUUACAUUUCCAUCAAUACUCUUGCCAAAACUCUCCAUACUAAAAAUGACGAAUGUACGCAUAGACCAAAUUGUACUUAAAGGUAGAGAAUGGAUGUCUUUUAGAGCCCCUAAGUUGAGAGAAGUAGACAUAUCUUUUAAUUAUAUUUGGACUUUGGAGGAAACAACAUUUUUCGAACAGCCCCAUAUUACGCAUUUAAAUAUGUCAAACAACCUAUUCAGAACCAUUCCUGUUUUUGUUACCAAGCUUCAAAAGUUGGAAUCUUUGGACCUUUCCAAUAAUUUGAUUACUUCUAUUGACGAUAACGUAAGGCUUUGGCUGGAUAAAAUGACCAAUUUAAAUCGUUUUCGUAUCCUAAAUUUGGAUAACAAUGCUUUUAUAUGCUCAUGUGACACUCUGGAUUUUCUUCUGUGGUUUGAAAAUACAAACGUAACAUUUUAUAACGGAGACAAUUAUACCUGUAUCAUAUCAAAAAACAAGCAGCAAAUCCUGUUGAGGGAGGUAUCAAAGAAUACCAAGAAAUACUUCGCAGACUGCGAAGCAACUAUAUGGCUUUAUGUUGGUAUAGCAUUGGUUGCUAGUGCCUUCGGUAUUUUUGUACCUCUUUCCCUCCUUUAUAACUAUAGAUGGAAUAUUAUUCUUUACAUGUAUAGGAAAGUCAGGCGAGUUGUUGAGAAAAAUUUACAUGAAAACUAUAUGUACGACGCAUAUGUUUCUUAUGAAGACAGAAGUGUAGCGUGGAUACAGAAGUUUCUCCUUCCAAAAAUUGAAGAAGAAUGGAGACUUAAAGUGUUCUUACAUGAUCGAGAUCUUCUUCCUGGAGAUCUUACUGCAGAUGCAAAAGCAGAAUCAAUUCAGCAAAGUAGGCAUGUUGUAUUCAUUAUUACUGAACAUUUUACCGAAGGAAAGUGGGGAAGAUUCGAAAUAGAAAGAGCAAAGUAUGAAAAAUAUACUACAAACCUGAGAAAAAUAAUUGUUAUUUUACAAAAUAUUCGAAUCAAGGAUAUUCCAGACGAAAUUGUGAAUAUUUCAAAUGAUGUAUGCUUUAUUGAAAUGGCUUUGGACGAAAACGAAAUUGAUGACAGUACAGAUAAUAAAAGUCAUUGGCUUAAGCUAAAGGCUUUGCUUUAUCUAAAUUAGAAAAUAUGAAUAUUUGAGGAACAAAAGAUGUAAAAUGAGAAUUUUUAUGGUAAAAUUACAAAACUAAUAAAAUGUAAACAGAUAUACUGGUUUAAUGAACACCAUAUUCCGAUGAAUAAAGUCAGACACAAAAAGACAAACUACAACGGAGACACAAAUCAUUUAACCAAAACAUUUAGAUUGAACAACAUGAACCCGUAAAAGGUGGGGAUGAAAUCAGAUGAUUCGGAAGUUUAAGCAAUGUCUGCUUUACAUGUUGCCACAAAGACAAGUAAAUUUUCGACAAUAAGUCUUAUUCGGCGAUAUCAACAUCUAAGAAUUGAGGAAGGUAUUAUUGCUGUGAAAAGUGGCAGAAAUAUAUAAUUAUUUUGAAUGUUUGGUAAGCAAAAAUUUGUAAGAGUAUCUGAAAAAUUCAAAUACAACCAGCUUUAUGAAA